AUGGAAGAUCGAAACAUUCUUGCUGCAGAUUGCAUUGUCCUGUGCUGCUGCUGCCAAUGCAUGAUGCUGCAGAUCCUCAUUUUUAUACUGCUGAAGCUCCCAUACAAGCUGAUGAGGAAGACUAAAAAAUACGCAAAGAAAUUGAGAGCAUGCAAGAGAGGAACAAAGAUCAUGCAAAUAGAGAUGCCAAGAAAUAGAGAGGAAAGCUUCACCAGCCAUGGUGGAUCCAUCAGAAUAGAAUCCAUUCGAUUUGGGUGUUGCAUGUCUGAAAUCGAGCGCGUCCUGGAUGAUCUUUCGAGUAGGGGUGAGUUUGCUUUUGGCAGUUUUUGGGGUGGAGAAGUUGCUUCAGACACAAAUUUCCCUUCUUGUUUUAACAAUGAUCAGAUUGAUUAUGAUGUUGUUGGCUGCCGUUUGAUGGAGUUAUUUGGCACUGCCAACUUCUCUUCACAGCAUUGA